UAGGAUCAAAUGUCUUUUUGUGAGAAAUUUAUGAAAGCUCGUUAUCCUCAGUUAACUCAAAUUUUAAGAUGUGGUUCUCUUCUUUACUGCUUGCAUUAUUUAUACUCCCAGUCGUCAAUUGCUUCAGCAAUCGAGGACCGAAAGUAACACAAAAGGUUUAUUUCAACAUUUCUAUUGGCAAAGAAGAGCAAGGACGCAUUGUGAUUGGUUUGUUUGGCGAGGUUGUGCCGAAGACUGUUAGGAAUUUUGUGGCUCUUGCAACACACGAGAAAGGAUUUGGUUACAGAGGCAGCAAAUUUCAUCGCGUCAUUAAAGAUUUCAUGAUCCAAGGAGGAGAUUUCACACACGGCAAUGGAAGAGGUGGUAAGAGUAUUUAUGGUGAAAAAUUUGAUGAUGAAAAUUUUCGACUAAACCAUUAUGGCGCUGGAUGGAUCAACAUGGCAAACGCUGGUAAAGAUACCAAUGGCUCACAGUUUGCAAUAUUUACCGUCCUUACACCUUGGCUAAACGGACAACAUGUUAUUUUUGGUAUCAUACUUGAAGGAAUGAACAUUGUGAAGAAAAUAGAAAAUAUUGAUGUCGACGGUUCUCUACCAACGGUAGACUGUGUAAUUUCAGACUGUGGCGUGCUUCCACUUCAGAAUCCGUUCCACGUUAAAAAGACCCCAGUGCAAUCUACAUGAAGCUUUAACAUCGUAACUUGAUCAUUAGCGAAAAAUUUCAAUUUUUGCCAUUCAGACGCCAUUCUAGGCUUUUUAUAGUGAAAUGUAUGCCGCCAGUAAUUAAGAACGCCUUAAACAAUCGCAAAAAUGUGAAGUACUUAAAACUCUUAUUUGAUGAAUUGUUGAAGAGAUAGUGCAGACAUAAACAAUGCUAAACCUUGCAACCAGUGAAUAUGUUUUGUAAAUAAGAAUUACAAAUUGUUGACAACAUUGUUUUUAACAUUUGAAGAAUGCAGUGGUAAUGUAACUUUCACAGCUUUUUUUCAAAUGAAAUUUGUGAAAAGUGAGAAAAGCUAGUUAUAAACCACAAUAUAUGCUUUUACCAGCAAUUAUACCAAGCAUUCCAGCAUUUAAGUGAAUUUAUAAAAAGAUCA